CCCUAACCGGGAGACAACUCAAGGUACACCUACACCAUAGGCAACAGCUUACUUCAUCAGAUGCUAUAACCAGAUUGGCCAAGAGAGGCCAAGAACCUGAGCCUCCCCUUCCCAGGAAAGGACUGCAGCCACUCAGCUGUUGGGGUGAAUACUUUUCUGCCUUCCCCUUGUGCUUUUGGAUCAAGUUUCAGUGAAGAAGAUGCCUCCUUUAAUGUGCCAAAUCUCCAGAGUCUCCACUUUGCUGCCCCAUUUUCUCACAUUCUUCAUUACUUUUCAUAUUUGCAAGGUGGAAUCAGCCCUGUUUACAGUUGUUGGACCUGAUCAGCAAAUCACUGCCACUGUGGGGGAAGAGAUCGUAUUGCCAUGCCACCUGUCCCCCAACAUGAGCGCUGAGAACAUGGAAGUGAGGUGGUUCGAACCUGAGUCUACAAAUUAUGUUCAUCUGUACCACGAUGGGAGAGAUGAUUUUGGACGACAGAUGCCAGAAUACAAGAGAAGGACAGAGUUUUGGAAAGAUGGCCUUACAGUUGGAAACAUUCCUGUGAUGAUUUUCAAUGUCAGGCCUUCAGAUGAAGGGCAAUACACCUGCUUUGUUGAGGAUGGUAUUACUGAGGAAGCGGCUGUAAUAGAACUGAAGGUAGCAGCUUUAGGCUCUAAUCCUAUCAUCUCUGUGGAGGAUUACCAGAAUGGAGGGAUCCGCGUGACAUGUCGAUCAGCUGAGUGGUACCCAGAGCCCCAGGUGCUGUGGAGAAAUGCCCAGGGAUAUCGUAUACCAUCGCUUUCUGAAAUAAAAUCCCCAAGGGCAAAUGGCCUGUUUGAAACAGAAAUUUCUGUUGUCAUAAACGGACAUUCAAACCCGAACUUGUCCUGUUGGAUCAGGAACAGCCUCCUCGACCGAGAGAAGGAAUCAGUAAUUCAUAUAUCAGGUCAGUUCCAUCCAAACCCUACAGGAAACCGCCUCCACUGGAAACCAAGUGAAACCACUAAAUCAAUGUAUCUUUUUUUUUUCUAUCCAGGAAACCUACAACGAGAACUUGGGUGGAAAAGAGCUGUGAUAUGUCCAGGACUGGGACAAACUGCACCACCUUUGGAAAAAGAGGACGUGACUCUGUAUCCAGACACAGCUCAUCUCUACCUCAUCCUGUCUCAGGAUGGGAAAAGUGCGAGACGGACAGACACACGGCAGGAUCUGCCCGACAAUCCUGAGAGGUUUGACAGUUGGCGCUGUGUGCUGGGCCAUGAGGGAUUCACCUCCGGGAGAAACUGGUGGGAGGUGAAAGUGGGGGUCGGGGAGGGAGGAUAUUGGGCCGUGGGGGUGGCCAGAGAGUCUGUGGGGAGGAAGGGAGGGAUCAGCUUUAGCCCUGAGGAGGGGGUCUGGGCUAUGCGGCGUUGUUGGAAUCAGUACGAGGCUCUCACUGCCCCUGAUCGCACCUCCCUGCCCCUGGACCGGGCACCCAGCAGGGUGGGGGUGUAUCUGGACUGCACAUUGGGGCAGGUGUCAUUUCUCGAUGCUGACACCGGGGCCCCGAUCUUCACCUUCCCGCCGGCCUCGUUCGCGGGGGGCAGGAUCCGGCCCUGGUUCGUGGUGGAGAAAGGUGAAAUCCGGCUCAGCCAGCGCCAGUGAGAGGGAAAGGAAACAUGCAAGACGGGACCUGCUCGUUGUCCCCUCCGGCCUCAGUCAUGCUCAUGUCCGUGACCCUGGAGGACUCCUCUCGCUGCAGACGAUCAGCUGUGCUGUGUCCGUGGCCCUGGAUGCGCAGGCUGGGUUUCUUCAUCCCCCGACCAGGGCGAGCAGGACGUGGCUGAGCUGGACGGUUGUCUCUGCCCGGGUGUCAUGUCCUGCAUGACCGAGGGGCCCUCGGGGGCCUGUGGGUUCUGGCACCCACGGGUGCAGCUGGGGGGUCGGGGGAGGGGCAGCGAUGAGGAGGCACCAAAACCCGGGGCCGGUUGUGUUGGGAAAUGCAGUUGAACCUGGCUCUGGUGUUCAUUGCAGCGCUGCUUGUCCAGAGCCUCCGGUCCUGGGAAGUGGAGUCACUGCAGCUGCGUAAAAAGUGAUUUGUGCAAAUUUGGGCCUUUUCCCUCUUUCUGAUUACUGAAA